UUAUCAACCCGGGCAAAGUAGUGAGUAGUGAAGCUCCGAGGCGCUUAAUCUGUCUGUGAUGAAAUGGACUCGCAACUCAGCCGGAAAUAGCUCUCCGUCUCCGGCUUGCGCAAACAGCGCUUGAGUGCGUGUAAGUGACCACCAUUGAAUGCCCUCUCCUUCGAGGGCAUCACUCAAGUCUCCCCAUCCCACUCGAUAUGUCGUUCGCGACUAAGCGCUCCAUCACGCUCCUCAAUCGCUACUUGCCCUCCUUUGCUGUCUUAUGGCGCUGCUGUGUGCUCGCUGCGCUCACCGUGAGCAUGAUGUGCAACAUCCUCACCGGUUGGUGGCUCGUGGCCGGCACCACGGUAGAUGAUAGCGGUUACUCGUACAUCGGAGACGAUCAUCCGAUCGAGCUGCCGGUGAGACUCGAUACAGUCGCGAUGACAUUCAACAACAGCGACCACUACACUAUCUCUCUCAACCAGAGGGCACCUUCUGAGUGGCUUUCGCUCACAAAGUUCCCGAAGGGUAAUGCAACGGUUCGCCUUGGAUCCAACGGGCGCGAAUUUGGUAUCUCGAUGUUCCGACAACUCGACUGCCUCAACACCUUGCGGAAGGCCCUCAUCCACAGGGCGCCGGACAAACAGAGCGGACAUUGCCUCAACUACAUGCGGCAAGCCGUACUCUGUGCAUCCGAUAUCACACUCGACCCGCUGCUCGUCGACCCCGAUGGCAAGAUGCGCUCCACGGAUGGCGUUGGUGUGGAUCAUGUGUGCAAGGACUGGACCCAGGUCUAUGCCUUCGUCAAUGCCAACCAGCAAGGCCCGCAUUGGUAGACUGGCUUUGUUCGCCCGCUGGGAAACAGCAGUCACUUCGUCGUUUUAAGAGCUUAUCUUGGCGCACGGCGGUGUCACAUGUUGCAGUAGAUUUGAUGGGAAGUUUCAGGAAACGGCGAUUGUCUAGAUGUAAGCUCUGUUCACUCGAAAAGGGCGAGCCAAUUCCGGUGGCGGCUAUCCCGCGCGACCUGUCUUUCAUCAUGGCGAGGAGUUGCCGAACUUUCGGCCUCUCCAAUUGUGGGUCUCCAAACCAAAAUACAACCGAGACCCGUCAAAUCGUAGAUUCACCUUGAUCCGCCGAUCAAAUGGAAGCCUGCCAGUGCAUAUCGUGCUCAUCAAUGCAUCCCUCGUGCACGAACACGCGAUCCGUGUGCGACCGUACGAG